AGAUGAAGGAAGGAUCGACGUUUCUCGUCUUGGAGUGCUUAAAGCUGUGACGAAAGGGUAGGAUGCCAUCUUCUUCGAUUAACAGAUCCUCUUGUGCUCGCUUUCUUUUGCCUUUCUUGUUCACCAAUACAAGUGGGAGGACAUGAAGAGCGGAGAAGAAGAAGAAGAAGAGAAGAAGAAAAACAGGAGAAGCAGUGAUGGAUCAAAUAGACCCGGAGUCACAGUUUCUUGCUUCAAAGCAGGAGACAGGUUACGAAUGGGAACUCUUCAAGGAAAAUGUGAGACCUUUGAAGAGAGGCCGAAACGUUCGCCUCUUGAACGACGCCCUCAAAUCCCACAACCACAAUCAACUCAAGAAGUCUCUUCUUGAGACUCGAAGGAGGUUGAUUGAGGCAAUUGAUGACUAUAAAGGGGAUGAUCCUCUCCUGCCAUGGCUCGAGUGUAUUAAAUGGGUUCAGGAGUCAUUUCCGCCUGGUGGAGAUUGCUCAGGACUGAUAUUAAUAUAUGAGCAAUGUGUGCGUGCCUUUUGGCAUUCAGAUCUUUACAAGGACGAUCUUCGCUACCUCAAAGUGUGGCUGGAAUAUGCUGAAAACUGUGCUGAUGCGGAAGUCAUUUACAAUUUUCUUGACGCAAAUGAAAUUGGAAAGUCACAUUCUGCAUUCUAUGUUGCAUAUGCUUUACAUAUGGAGUCCAAGUCUAAGAUGAAGGCUGCAAAUGACAUAUUUGAUCUUGGGAUAUCUAGAGAGGCUCAACCAAUAGAAAAAUUGAAGGACGCCUACAAGAAAUUUCUCAUGAGAUCAAUGAGAAGACCAAAAGUUGUGGAGGAUGCCUCUGGAGAAAAUAACUUGCCAGUCCGAAGCUUUGGAACUGUGUUGGCCAGCGCAGAAAACAGGAGGCACAAUAUGGAGAAUUCAGAUAUUUCCAGGAACAGAUUGAAUCUAGACAGGGCUCAAAAGACCCCCCUUUCUAUUUAUAAGGACUCAAAUACUGAUAUUUUGCUGGGACAUCAAUCUGGCAAGUCAAAAACAGAUUUCAAUCCUUGGAACAAUCUUGGAGCUCGAGCUGAGAGAAACAAAGAAAAUAAUGCAAAACCUGCCAAGUGGACAACUCACAAGAUUCCACAAAGACCAGGGCCUAGAGCUGGUGGAGCGACUCCAAGCACCUGCAUUGAAGUAUUUGUUGAUGAGGAGUGUGCGGAACAAGACAGAUCACACGGUGAUAGUGGCAAGUCUUCAACUUUGCAGCUCAGACAGGGGGAUGGCCUAGACAUCAAAAAGGAGACAGAAUUGUUGAGGGAGAACCCGUUACGCAAUUUCCCUUUAAGCAGCCUUCCUAGAUGAUGCAUGAGUUGAUUACACUUCUCAAAAAUGUUGUAUGAGGUGGCAUGGAUCAGCUUUUAUCUCUAAAGCUUGAUCUCUGUCAGUUUAUUUUGUUUUCAGAUUCUUUAAUUACUUAGGUUUUGUUUCCCUGGAGCUAUCCAUUGUUUGAGAACAGCAUGAAUAUUACUUAGAAAAAUUGAUUCUGUGUUGAUCA